AUGACCUUGCCGAUUCCAGUCGGCUCACACAAUGUGGACAACGUGAGUCGCCCUGGCAACAUCAACAGUUUUCAGGCCUACGCCGGCAAGCCUCACCGAAGCAUUAGAGGUUUUGGAAAGGGUUUGCAGACUUGUGAUUCUGACGUCAUCCUGUCUGGAGGCAGCGGUAAAGUGGACGCGCGCACGUUUUUGUCUCCAGCGCGCGCAUUUGUUGCCGGCGGUUUGACGACUUCCGCCUGGACUGUGAGUACAACGUCCGGUGCUGCAACUGAGGCCAUUGGUCAUUGUGGAAGGCUCGGCCCGUUGAGCCAGAGCCAUCAGCACUUGGUCUAUCCGAUGCUUGCCACGGGCCGAGGCUUUGAGCAGAGCUCGGGCGGGGCCACGGUUGGAGGUGGAGAAGGAGGGGUCGGCGGCGGCAGCCUCGCUUCUCAACAGCUUCAACUGUCCCGGCCAUCGGUACAUCCGACACAGCCGCAGCUAUACUUCCCGUCUCCGUCACUUCAUGACACACUGUACCAACGGCAUGAACUCGCGUCCCAACAACCGCAUCAACAGCAUCAACAGCAUCAACAGCAGCAUCGACAGCAACAGCAAUUCGACCCGACAUCCGGCCAGCCCGAAUCGAAUGAUUCACCGAGUCCCUUCAGCCUGAAAUGGUACAAGCAGAAACAACAACACCGGCUCUGUCGACAGCCGGGACCGAAGCAAAAGUACAACUGUCCUUCGCGGAUCACCUUUCCACACGCCGACCAGACCGGUUCGGCCGUCACUGUGCCCGUUGCCGUGCCGCCAGACGGCCCAACCGGUCGAGUCCCGUGGCCUGCAAAGUGCCGAGGCCUGGCGGUAGUGAAGACGGCCAUGCGGAGCGCCGGUGGACCCUUCAGGACAAGAAGCGGCCUGAAACACAAACAACCAACCGAACCGCCGGCGUCAGGUGAGCACUGUCAGCUUCUGGCAGGUUCGGAUGUGCCAGGAGUGAAAAGUACAGUUGGACUUCGAGUGUGUGAUGAAGAAAUUUUAAAGUGGAUCCCAUCACAAGACGAUAGUGGAUUCGUAGUCAACAAAAAUUUGGUUUCGAUGACUCUCUUGAGAUAA